GUACGACAAAAAGGUUAUACUAAAAGGUAGAACAAAAAAGUUGUAUAAAAAAGUGAGAGAGAAAGGUGAUAUAAAAAGGUUGUACAAAAAGCAUUACCCUUAUUAAAAUUGUUCACAAUGUCCCUUCCUCAAACUUGCAUGGUAUGGUGUUUUUGUUAAAAUUAGUAAAGUAAUUUUCUAGAAGGGUUACUGUUCAUGAAUAGCUCUUCAACUUUCAGUUAUGUAAGCGUGUGAGAUCAAAUAUGUUUGUGUCAGUUACAAUUAGUUUAUUUUGUUUAGUGGUGUGACAGUUUCUUCUACAGUUUGUAACUUCUUUUCAUUUCAGCAAUGUUUAUGUAUUUUCAUCAUCUUAUUUUCUAAGUAAUAGAAGAAAUUCAAUCAUACAAGUCUUGUUCCUUUUUAGCCAUUUUUGAAGUUCUUUGGUUUGCUUUUCUUCACUAAGGUUGCUGAUCUUGGGGUUAGUGUGUCUUUGGUUGCACUAAGACUUUUUUACAUGGUAUCAGAGCUAGAGAGAUAAGCAAUUGCUCUGUGACAAGAUCUCUUGUGAAGGAAAUCAGCCGGUGUUCCAAAAUGGAUUCAAGUGGUCGUGUUGUUGGACUUGGUAUGGAAUUAUUGAACCAGUCCAAUUAUAAUGUAUGGAAGACUUGCAUGGAAUCUUAUCUUGUUGGUGAGGACCUUUGGGAUGUUGUUGGUGGUAAUGACAUUACUGCUCCAGAAAAUAAUGAAGAAAAUGCUGAGGCCUUUAAGCAAUGGAGGCAAAGGAAUGCUAAGGCAGAAUUUGCCUUGAAGAGGUCUAUUUCUCAUGGAAUGUUUGAGCACAUAAUUCGUUGCAAAUCUACCAAUGAAAUUUGGCAAACACUAGACAGGUUAUUCAACAAGAAAGAUGUGGCUCGGCUGCAGUUCUUGGAGAAUCAACUCUCUAAUGCCUGUUUAUCUGUGACUUAUCAAGGUAGUGGUGUUGACAAUAAAAAUGUUCUUGUAGCUGAGAAAAGGAAAAUCUUCAACUCAAAAGAAAAGAAAGAUGGUGCAGAGUAUAGAGUUGGUGCCUCUUAUUCUUCAAAUUUCGAGAAGAAAAUCUUUAGAUGCUAUCGGUGUGGUAAACUUGGACAUGUGAAGAAAAAUUGUCGUGUCAGGCUAAUGCAAGGAAAUUGGGUUGAAGCUGAAGGUGGUGAUAAACAGGAUUCUGGUUAUGGUCAUCAUGUGACUGGUGAUGCUUCCAAGUUCUCAAGUCUUCAUCUUCAUAAAGGCAAAGAUGCAGUUAUCACAGUUGACAACACAGUUCACUCCGUGGAAAAAGAAGGGACAGUUAUUCUCGGUGGUUGCAAGGAAAAUUCCAUUACACUCACUAAUGUGUAUCAUGUCCCAGGUAUGACAAAAAAUCUUUUCUCAGUUACAAAUGCUGUGGACUCUAGGAAUUAUGUCUUAUUUGGCCCUAAUGAUGUGAAAUUUCUUCGAAAUAUUGAAGAAUUAAAAGCUGAUGUUGUUCAUGUUGGUAAAAGAACUGAUGAUGUGUAUGUUUUAUCAACCUCAACAUCCUUUGUUGAGAAACUAAGUGGCCAUGACAAUGCUUCUAUAUGGCAUGCUUGUCUUGGGCAUCUUAACAUGAAUAAAUUGAGAGUUAUGGUGCAGAAAGAAUUAGUCAAAAGGCUGCCAAACCUAACCAGUUUUGGUGAUGGUGGAAGUUGUGAAGGUUGUCAAUAUGGCAAGGCUCAUAGGCUUCCAUUUGAGAAGUCUUUUUCUAGGUGCAAAGCUCCAUUGGAUUGCAUUCAUAGUGACUUGUUUGGGCCAACUCCCACUCCUUAUUCUGGUUUUCGCUAUAUGUUGAUAUUUGUUGAUGAUUUCACAAGAUUCACUUGGGUUUAUUUUGUGAAGGAGAAAUCAGAAGUUUUCCUCAAAUUUCAAGAGUUCAAGGAAACUAUUGAACGAGCUCUUGAAAGGAAAAUCAAACAGCUUCGAACUGACAAUGGAGGUGAAUUUACUUCUGAUGCUUUUAAUUCCUUUUGUCGUAGUGAAGGGAUAAGAAGGGAACUCUCUUGUGCUUACACUCCGCAGCAAAAUGGAGUGGCAGAGAGGAAAAUUAGACAUCUUGCGGAAACUUGUAGAAGCUGGUUACAUGCAAAAAAUCUACCAAAAGAAUUAUGGGCAGAAGGAAUGAAAUGUGCAGCUUAUGUGAUCAACAGGGUGCCGCUUAGUCCAAUCAACAUGAAGUCUCCUUAUGAGUUGAUGUUUGAUGAGAAGCCCAAUGUCAGGCACUUUAGAAUUUUUGGCUCUAUCUGUUAUGUCCAUGUGCCAGAUUCUCAAAGAAACAAGUUUGAUGCCAAGGCUAGAAAAGAUGUGGUUUUGGAUGAAAUUUCAUCCUACUAUGGUUCUACUAAGGAUUUGGAGCUUGAAGUUACAAGUUUGCCUUUCACAUCAAAUUCAAGUUCAUCUGCUUCACAGGAAAAGCAGGGUGAAAGGGGGAGCUCUAGUUCAAGUGAAAAUGGUCAACAACAAAAAGAAGAUGGUGCUGCUAAUCAAAGAUCAAAACGGAAUAUUGUUAAACCAGCCCGCUAUCGAGAUGAAAAUUUUACUAGCACUUACUCUUGUUUCUUUGCAGGACCAUCUGAUGAUGAAGUUCCUUUGUGCUUUGAAAAGGCAAAAGGUGUCAAAGUAUGGGAGGAUGCAAUGGAUGAGGAAAUGAAUGUGCUAUUUAAAAAUGAAACUUGGGAUCUUGUUCCAAAACCCAAGGAUGUACAGCUUGUUUCUUGUAAAUGGGUGUACAUAAUUAAGCAUAAGGUUGAUGGGAGCAUAGACAGAUAUAAAGCAAGGCUGGUUGCUCGUGGAUUUUCUCAAAAGUAUGGAGAAGAUUAUGAAGAAACCUUUAGUCUUGUUGCCAAGAUGACUUCUGUUCGUAUAGUAUUAGCUCUUGCAGCCUCUCAAAAUUGGAAAUUGUGGCAACUUGAUGUCAAAAAUGCUUUUCUAUAUGGAGAGCUUGAUAAAGACAUUUACAUGCAGCAACCACCAGGCUAUGUUGCAAAUUCUCAUCCAGACUUUGUUUGCAAACUCAAGAAAGCUCUUUAUGGGUUAAAGCAAGCGCCAAGGGCCUGCAAUCCAGCUUGCAUGUUAUAGUUCUACUAUAUGUGGAUGACAU